AUGACCUCCGAGGCGGCGACUUUGCCAUCUCUUCCGAACAUACUACCCUGGGAGGAUAACCGACAUCCUUGCGGCCCUAGAGACAUCAUGCAUGCCAGCGGACAGAUCCGCGAGCCGGAUUCAUAUACAAAGGGCCACUCUCCCACCCCACCAAGGCGACCUCGAUUUCCGAAUAUCAAAGACCUGCAGGAUCAGGCGGCUGCACUAAAUGUUAACGAGACCACGCCGCUCCCUGACCUCCUGGCAACGGCUGCCGAUGCAAUUGAAAAGGCCAAGAAACUUCUUAAUGACAACUACACCGAUAAAGCCUACGUGCAGUACCUUCGUGCCUCCGAGAUUACUGUCAACCUGAUUCCUCAUCAUUCGGACUAUCGAAACAUCAGCCAACAUUCUGAGCGGUAUAAGGAGUUUGCCGAUCUGUUGAAAGCGGUGCGGUCCAAACAAGGCACCAUGGAUUCGAUCAAGCAUGAUAUUAUCGAAGAUAAUCUAGCUAGUGGCAUGCAGCCAACUGGUGCGUUUACGCCAACGUCUCUAGAACGAGUUUCUGUUGCACCGAGGGGUCGUGAGAAUCGACAGUCAGCAACAAACUUGACCAGAAUGCCAAGCCCGACGCAGUAUCAGAGCAACCCUCAGCCUUCCGUUGAUUCACCGAAAUUUUCUAGUCCCCCAGAUGACAUGCUUGCGCAGCGUUUCGCCAAACUCAAGGCAUCUCCUCCCAAUCAAGGGUUGGGAUCGAGUACUGCUGGACCGGGCAGCACGACGGUGGGAUCUGCAAGGCAGACCCCACUUCAUCCGUCGAACAUCCCCUCCGGCGCAAGCAAUUCCCCACCGCCAAGGCGUCCGUUAGGGCCUCGCGGAAUGGGAGCUUCGUCGAAUGUGCCAACCAUUCCACAAAAAUUACCUCUCAACACAUCAUUGCCUCGUGCCCCAGACCCGGCUUAUAGCCCUGUCUUCACCGUGCCAUCAAAGCCAACAUCGAACCCGCCGCGAACUUCAAUGGAAAGCAACCGCUCGAGCAAUCCAAGAUACUCGCAAUUCAGCAACUCCCCUCGCGUUAGUCCCAAUCGGGAGGACAACCCUUACCGGUCUAUGACGCCUAAUGGCUUGAACCCGGCACGAGAAACGCGAAGCAAUUCACCGGAUCUGCCCUAUAGCACAACGAUUACUGCCCAGAGCCUGCUUGAAAAUCUGCGAAAAUUCAACGUGCUAUUGAUUGAUGUUCGACCUCGAGAGCAGUAUGACAAUGGCCAUGUAUAUGCAAAAUCCAUUAUUUGCAUAGAGCCGGUGAUUCUGAAAGAGAACGUAUCCGCGGAAGAACUAGAGGAACGUUUGGUUGUUUCACCUGAGCAUGAGCAAGCAUUAUUUGAAAAACGGAACGAGUAUGACCUUGUGGUGUACUACGAUCAAAGUACCGCUUCCGUGAGCUAUCUCGCCGGCUCACCAGUGGGGACGUCGGCGCCCCAUUUGCGAGCACUUCAUGAUACCCUUUAUGAGUUUAAUGCCUACAAGCCAUUGAAGGCUGGGCGACCUCCUGCUCUUCUGCUUGGUGGGUUGGAUGCAUGGAUCGAUCUUUUAGGGCAACAAUCCUUGGCCACAUCAUCGACCGCUGCGGCCAUGAGUUCUCUACAGGCACGAAAGCCGGUUGCCCGACCUGGUCGGCCUUUGGGCCGAGUGCCUACAAUGGCUAGUGCGAAUUCAAGCCUGGAAAUUCGGAAGAGACGACUCCGCGAGUUCACUCCUCUGAACUCAAAGGAAUUGUCCGAGUGGAUGGAGAAAUCGAAGACCGAGGAGAUUGACCCGAGAACGUAUACCGAAGAGGAACCACUAUCGGAAGAGCCCGAGGAAACUGAGCCAGAGCCCCCAAGUCCCUUUGUCCAUACAUAUGAGGCUUUCCUGCGUCGUUUCCCCGAACCACAAGAUGUCCAGCAGUCCAUGUCUCAUGCGACUCCUCGUCCUCCCUCUGCUCCUGCUCCGAAUUACGCUGCGCAUAUGCCAUCAGCCCCUUCUCGGCCACCUCCUGCUGUGCCCCGUCCAAGCUAUAGCGGUGUUUCCGACAAUCGAAAUACUCAACCCCAUCUUGAACGACAGAAUUCGGCGAAUCGAACAGCCUUAUAUACUCCUAGCUUCCGCCUCGAUCGCCUCAAGCUUCCGCGGACUGGCCUGACCAAUUUUGGCGUUACGUGCUACAUGAAUGCCACCAUCCAAUGUCUCAACGCCACGAUCUCGUUAAGCAGGUUCUUCAUCGAUAACCGGUUUCGCCACUAUGUACAAAAGAAUUGGAAGGGAUCUCAGGGCGUUAUGCCCGGGCUGUAUGCGAAUCUGAUCCGAUCGCUUUGGAAGAACGACGUGGAAGUCAUCAUGCCCACUUCGUUCCGGAAUUUCUGUGGACGUCUGAAUCGAGAAUGGGCCAUUGACCGCCAGCAAGAUGCCAAGGAAUUUUUCGACUUUGUGGUGGAUUGCCUCCACGAAGAUCUCAAUAUCAAUUGGCAGCGCACGCCGCUCCGACCUUUGACCUUCUCGGAGGAGAUGCAACGAGAACGGAUGGCGAUGACGAAGGUUUCCAAAAUCGAAUGGGACCGAUAUUCUCAUCGCGAGGAAUCAUUUAUCUCCUCCUUGUUUGCCGGACAACAUGCCAGCCGACUGCGCUGCACGACCUGCAAACAAACAUCCACUACCUACGAAGCGUUUUACAGCAUCAGCGUUGAGAUUCCCCCGACGGGUGCCGGUGAUAUCUACCAGUGCCUCCGCAGCUACUGCCAGGAGGAGAUGCUGAGUGGUGACGAAGUCUGGAAGUGCCCGUACUGUAAAUGCAAGCGAAUGGCGACCAAGCAGAUCAUCAUUACCCGCGCCCCCCAGAUCCUCGUCGUCCAUUUCAAGCGGUUCUCCGCCUCCAAGACCCAGAGCGCCCGCAAGAUCCACACUCCGAUUGACUUCCCCCUGCACGGGCUACGAAUGGACGACUUUGUGAUCCCCUACCCUUUGCCUCCGCCUCCGGAGCCCGGGGUGGCGCCCAUGACGGGUGCCACAGUUCCACCAUUCACCUACGAUGCCUUUGCGGUAUUGCGGCACAUUGGCUCCUCCAUGGGCAGCGGACACUACAUCUCCCUGGUCCGCGAUCCGGAGCGACAGUGCUGGCGGAAAUUUGACGAUGAACGGGCAACCGAUUUCCAGCCGCGGAAUCUUCGGGAGCGGGAUCGGCUACAGAACGAGCAGGCGUAUAUUGUGUUUUAUGAGCGAGUUCCAGCGAAAUGA